AUGUUGGAUGCAUUUGAUCAGAAGAAGGAUCACAUUCUAAAGGAAAUAGGGGCAAAUAGUGAAUCACAUCUUGAUGCGUCUCCUAAAGGUACCAUUGAUAUUUUUUGUAUUCCUAUAAUUAAUGAGAUUAAUGGGAACCCAAACUAUGUAACCACCAGUUCAUGUUCAGGAAGAGUAUCCGUGUUUCUUGAAGGUAUUAAACAUAAUGAAGACACUACGGCCCAAAUAGGUGCUAAGGGGUAUGAAGGGAGAUGGGUAUUUGUUACUCAUGAUCCUGAUGAGCUUCCCUUAUGGUAUGACAAUGUUAAGUUUAUAUACCAAGAUCAAAACUACAAAGAACUCACACCAAAUACCAGAUAUCUUUUAUACAAAUAUGAACCUUUGAUUCUACAUGUCAAGUGUCGUGAUACCAAACUGGCUACAGCAUUAUACACCACAGCUAUGAACUGCGGAUUCAGAGAAAGUGGGAUUGGUAGUAAUAAUGUUGUAGCCAUUAGAAUCUCAAUUAAAUUAGAUGUUCCAUUUGGAUACCUUGAAGAAUCACUGGGGUCCUUGGUGUCUUUCGUCACACGUGAUUACUUGGAGGUACUCACUAAGCUCUCUGAUGAUCGGUUUAAAGAGAACUUUAGAAAGAUGAAUCAGUUGCAUCAAGCCAUAGCUGCUCUUUCAUUAUCAUCAGACGGUGUUAAUCACCUGACUUCUAAACAGGAAACAAGAGAGGAACGCAGACUUCGUAAAAUGCAAUUGGGAUUGGCUAAACGAGAAGAAAUUAGAGAAUUAAAGAAGAGGGCAAAGGAAGCAAAGGAAGAGGUCCAAUAG